GCCACGUUGCUAACUUUAGCCCGUCCCGUAGUUCAGCACGCAGAUACGAUAUUACAUGGUUUGUCGCAAGUCUUUAUUUAACUUCUCUUUAAACUAAUGAGCACUCGAGAAGAGGUUAAAUUCUAUCUAAAGCGGAUGGCAUUAUUCGUGCUCUCUGCACUUUACAUACUUAUUCUACAAACCUCCGCGUUACGGCUACGGACGAGACCGAACCGUAUGGACGUCGAGCGCUUUCGAGUUGAAAGAGCUCCUUUAAAACCUAAACAGCCCCCGCAUAUUAUCUUCAUCCUUACGGAUGACCAGGGCUUCAAUGACAUCGGUUAUCACAGCAGGGACAUCCACAGUCCGACGCUGGACAAACUGGCGGCAGAAGGAGUCAUACUAGAAAAUUACUAUGUUCAGCCGCUGUGCACCCCGUCCCGCAGCCAGCUCAUCACGGGCAGAUAUCAAAUUCACACGGGCCUGCAGCAUUCCAUUAUCAGACCACGCCAGCCAAAUUGUCUCCCUUUAGACGUGGUCACACUCCCUCAACACCUACAGAAGGUUGGGUACUCUACUCACAUGGUGGGGAAGUGGCAUUUGGGCUUUUACCGAAAAGAUUGUUUGCCCACACGUCGUGGAUUCCACACAUACUUUGGUUCAUUGACUGGCAGUGUGGACUAUUAUACGUAUGGCUCAUGUGAUGGCAAGGCCUUGUGUGGCUUUGACCUCCAUGAAGGUGAGUCAGUGGCAUGGGGCAGAGGGGGCAAGUACUCAACUCACCUCUACACCCAGAGAGUGCGUAAAAUCUUAGCAACACAUGACUCAACCAGUCAGCCUCUUUUUAUCUUCCUUUCCCUUCAGGCAGUGCACACGCCUCUAAAGCCACCCAAAGAGUAUAUCUAUCCAUAUCGCCACAUGAGCAAUGUUCCCCGGCGGAAAUAUGCAGCAAUGGUUUCUAUUGUUGAUGAAGCGGUCCAGAAUAUUACUUAUGCACUGCGCAAGUAUGGCUUCUACCGUAAUAGUGUUGUCAUUUUCUCCACUGAUAAUGGAGCUCAGCCACUCACUGGAGGCAGUAAUUGGCCCCUACGGGGGUGCAAGGGAACAUAUUGGGAAGGAGGGGUUAGAGGAGUGGGUUUUGUGCACAGUCCCUUGAUACGCCAUCGAAGACGGGUCAGCAAAGCUCUUAUACACAUUACUGACUGGUACCCAACCCUAGUUGGACUUGCUGGGGGCAAUAUAUCUCAGUUUCAAGGAUUAGAUGGGUUUGAUGUUUGGCCAACCAUUAGUGAAGGAAAAGAAUCCCCACGGAUGGAAAUUCUUCACAACAUUGACCCUCUACAUCGACGUAGCCAGGGCUCAGUCAGGGAAGGCUAUGAAUUAUGGGACACAAGUGUUCAAGCAGCCAUUAGAGUGGGUGACUGGAAACUCUUGACUGGUGAUCCAGGUCAUGGAGAUUGGGUGCCACCACAGGUCCUUACAAACUUCCCUAGUAGCUGGUGGAACUUGGAACAACAGAGUGGAAAAAACAGGAAAUCAAUUUGGCUGUACAAUAUUACCGAUGACCCUUGUGAACGGCAUAAUCUUGCAGUACAAAGGCCUGAUAUUGUUAAGAAACUCCUAGCACGACUAACAUUCUACAAUCACACAGCAUUGCCUGUUCGCUACCCCCCAGAUGAUGCCCGUGCGGAUCCUAGUUUAAAUGGAGGUGCAUGGAAACCUUGGGUAGCUGAUGAUGAAGAGGAGGAAAACUGGGAUGGAAUUUAUUACAAAAGAGGAAAGAAUCGUAAAAGGAAGAAAUGUAGGCUCUGCAAAAUACAAUCUUUCUUUAAGACGUUUAAUUCAAAGAUCAUGUCAAACCAAAUGUAAUUAUUUAAUGUGUAACUCUUAUUUAAAGUAACUAUGAAUUAACUUCAUAUCAACAGUCACAUACAUUGAAAUAAGGUCUGAUCCUGUAAACUUUUUCGGCGUGCCGUCCCCCUUUGUGUAAGGUGCCCCCCACAAAAAAGUAAAACCUAUUAAUUUGUAUGACACAAAACAUAUUAAAUUCUACAAUGUG